CACCUGGGGCGUAGGGCAAGCCGCCCGCCCGCGGGAGGGGGCGUGAGCGGGGCGGGGCCGGAACGUCUUUCUCCCGCUCCGGAGCCGGGGCGGGCACAGUUACCCGCCGCACCGACCAUGGCCGCAGCCGCGCUGGGGCAGAUUUGGGCCCGAAAACUCCUCCCUGUCUCUUGGCUUCUGUGUGGCCCCAGAAGAUAUGCCUCAUCCAACUUCAAGGCUGCAGACCUGCAGCUGGAACUGACGCGGGAGCCUCAUCAGAAGCCAGACCCCAGCAAGCCCCUGGUGUUUGGGAAGAUAUUCACUGACCACAUGCUGAUGGUGGAAUGGAAGGAGGAGAAGGGCUGGAGCCAGCCCCGUAUCCAGCCCUUCCAGAACCUCACGCUGCACCCCGCCUGCUCUGGCCUCCACUACUCGAUGCAGCUCUUCGAGGGCAUGAAGGCGUUCAAAGGCAGCGACCAGCGUGUGCGCCUCUUCCGACCCUGGCUCAACAUGGACCGGAUGCUGCGCUCAGCCCUGCGCCUCUGCCUGCCGGUGAGGGUGGACUCCUGGGUCCCUGAUGCCCCCUUCUGCCCACCGCAGCCCUCACUAGGCGUCUCCCAUUCCUCGCAAGCACUCCUGUUUGUCAUUCUCUGCCCCGUGGGUGCAUACUUCCCUGGAGACGCCGUGGACCCCGUCUCCCUCCUGGCCGACCCAGCCUUCAUCCGGGCCUGGAUGGGUGGGGUUGGUGACUACAAGCUGGGGGGAAAUUACGGGCCCACCGUGUUGGUGCAGCAGGAGGCGAAAAAGAGGGGCUGUGAGCAGGUGCUCUGGCUCUAUGGGCCUGACCAGCAGCUCACCGAGGUGGGCACCAUGAACAUCUUCAUCUACUGGACCCACGAGGACGGGGUGCUGGAAUUGGUGACCCCCUCGCUGGACGGUGUCAUCCUGCCUGGAGUGGUCAGACAGAGCCUGCUGGACCUGGCUAGGACCUGGGGUGAGUUCCGGGUAGCGGAGCGGAAGAUCACCAUGAAGGAGUUGUUGCGGGCGCUGGAGGAGGGGCGGGUCCGGGAAGUCUUUGGCUCAGGCACCGCUUGCCAGGUCUGCCCUGUGCACCAAAUCCUAUACCAAGGCAAGCACUUGCACAUUCCCACCAUGGAAAACGGGCCUGAGCUUAUCCUCCGCUUCCUGAAGGAGCUGAAGGCGAUCCAGUACGGAGCAGGACCUCACGAGUGGAUGCUCCCAGUGUGACACUAAAGACUCGGCCCUCCCUCUCCUCGGACCCACCCAUCCACGGCAUCUAGUCCUCGCCGGACCCUCGCCUCCCUACCUAUGACUCACCUGAAGUGCAAUAUGAAAUAAAAGGCCGGGGGCUGCCGGGACGCCUGGGUCUCUGGCGCCCCCACGUGGUCUCUACACUCCCAAAGCCAUAAGGGCCGGACCCAGGCGUCCGGGCCCCCAGCCCCGCCUCUAAGACCUUGGGGGAUCUGGGCUCCCCGCUGCUCCGUGUUGUGGGGUCAAAGAUACACUUUGGCCCUGACUCCGCAUCUCUCCGUUCUCAGGCCGGAUCUCCCCGUGCUGCUGUUGAUUUUUUUUUGUUUUCUCUCGCUGCAAUUUUGAAAUAAAUGCCAAAGAACAA